GCCGCCUCGCGCAUCACAUGCUCUGGGAAUUGGUCGGCAGAUGGCGGGGUAUGUAGGGUAGCAGGGAUACGUGCCCUGCGUUUCUGUGGCGUAAGAUGGCGCUGCACUUUGCACGUUCUUGGCGCUUGUACAGCUGGGGAGCCAAACGAUGUGGGGCUGCCGCAGGGGAAGCCCGGAGAGGCAUCAGUUUCAAACUGGAAGAAAAAACUGCCCACAGCAGUCUGGCACUCUUCAGAGGUGACACAGGUGUCAAAUAUGGCUUGGUAGGAUUGGAACCCACCAAGGUGGCCCUGAAUGUGGAGCGCUUCCGGGAGUGGGCAGUGGUGCUGGCAGACACAGCGGUCACCAGUGGCAGACAUUACUGGGAGGUGACAGUGAAGCGCUCCCAGCAAUUCCGGAUAGGAGUGGCAGACAUGGACAUGUCCCGGGAUAGCUGCAUCGGUAUUGAUGAUCGUUCCUGGGUGUUCUCCUAUGCUCAGCGCAAGUGGCACACCAUGUUGGCCAACGAGAAAGCCCCAAUUGAGGGUAUUGGGCAACCCGAGAAAGUGGGGCUGCUGUUGGACUAUGAGGCCAAGAAGCUGAGCCUGGUGGAUGUGAACAAGGUCUCUGUGGUCCACACGCUACAGACAGAUUUCCGGGGUCCGGUGGUGCCUGCUUUUGCUCUUUGGGAUGGAGAGCUGCUGACCCACUCUGGGCUUGAGGUGCCAGAGGGUCUCUAGUAUGUCCAUUAUUAGAGUCCCUAAUCAUAUUCUUGGCCAGUUUCCAACUGAAAGUAUAUGAAGACCUCUAUCUCCCACAAUUCAUUGUUGGGUCCUCUGUGCAAUAUCUUAGUCAUUUUCUGUUUCCUACCCCAUGAAAGCUAGGCAUAUGGUCAAGGUUUCCUUCAAACUAUCGUGGGUUUCCUGGGCACCACAGGUAUAGUUUCCCAUACUUUGUUCCUUUAGUCGCUGUGCCUCCCAUACCUCAAAACUAUUCAGUCUUAGGGUCUUUUAGCUUGGUUGAAUUUAUUCACUAUGCUACCUCUCUCCCUUUAUCUGUAUGUUAUUUGUUUGUUUUGGGGUUUCUAUCAAAUCUCUCCAGAGUAAAUCCUUUCUACCUCUGGCUGGA